AUGCUAGAAACUAAUAAUAAUAAUAAUAGUAAUAAUAGUAAUAAUAAUAGUAAUGGUAAUAAUAAUAGUAGUAGUAAUAGUAAUAGUAAUAAUGAUAGUAAUGAUAGUAAUAGUAAUAAUAAUAGUAAUAGUAAUAAUAAUAGUAAUAGUAAUAAUAAUAAUAAUAGUAAUGGUAAUAAUAAUAGUAGUAGUAAUAGUAAUAGUAAUAAUGAUAGUAAUGAUAGUAAUAGUAAUAAUAAUAGUAAUAGUAAUAAUAAUAAUAAUGGUAAUAAUAAUAAUUUUAUUAUUAUUAUUAAAGAUAAUAUUUGUUUUUUUUAUUUAAAGUGA